AUGCGCCGGCCGCAGCCGCUGCUGCUGCUGCUGCUGCUGCUGCUGGUGCCCUGCGCGAGGGCCGAGGCCGGCGCGUCGCGGGGCCGCAUCGUGGGCGGCCACGAGGCGCAGCCCCACUCGCGCCCCUACAUGGCCUUCCUGAAGAUAGGGACCAMCUUCUGCGGGGGCUUCCUGGUGGCCCCGUCCUGGGUGAUGACGGCCGCGCACUGCGCCCUGGGGAACAUCACGGUCGUCCUGGGUGCCCACGACGUCCUSGAGCCCGAGAGGACGCAGCAGGUGCGGGGGGUGCUCAGGUACUACCCGCACCCCGACUACGACCCCGGCACGGUGGACAACGACAUCAUGCUCCUCAAGCUCACAGCCAAGGCCAAGCUCAACAAGUACGUCAAGCCCGUGGCGCUGCCCAAGAGCAGCAGCGACCUCCCCGCGGGCACGCGCUGCAGCGUGGCCGGCUGGGGCUGCAUCGACGAGGAGCAGGACACCGAGCGGCUCUUUGAGACCCAGGUCUCCAUCUACAGCCGCAGGAAAUGCACCCACUUCUACCCGGCGCUCACCAACGGCAUGGUGUGCGCCGGCAGCUUCCACGAGCUCCGCGACGCCAGCCAGGGAGAUUCCGGGGGGCCCUUGGUCUGCAACGACGUGGCCGAGGGCRUCGUGUCCUUUGGGUACGACAGCCCGCCCGGCGUCUACGCCCGCGUGGCCAAUUACCUGCCCUGGAUCAGCAAGGUCAUGAGGAAGUAG